GAGGUGGUGCAGGGUGUGCUGGUGGCUUUGGGCGACGGGCACCAGGUGGCGUCGUCGUGCGCGCUCGUGUGCCGCCAAUGGGCCGCCCUCGCCAGCGACCCUGCCCUGUGGAAGGCCCUCGUCCACCGCCUCCUCGCCCACCUGCCCUUCCAAGCCCCUCUGAGUCAGGUGGUGGCGGAUCGGUGGAAGGAGGCCUACUUUGCGCUGGCGCGCCGCACGAAGCACACCACGGUGGCGCUCCUGGGCCAGAGCCACGGCGGCAAGAGCACCCUGUUCGAUCUCCUGCGCGCGCUCCACCCACUGGCGACCGAUGAUCUGUCCAAGGCCCUUCCAACGAUUGCCGACAAACUCUUCAGCGGGAGCCCACACGCGCGAGCCGUUGCGGGGAGCUGCUGCUCCUACAAGAGCCGCGCUGCCAUCUCACCCUCGUCGACCUUCCCUAUAAUGAAGAAGAUGAAGAAGAUGAAGAUGACGAUUAACUUACACUUUGGCUUCAAAUGUGCUUUGCGUCAAUGUGAAAGGCGACCGGGCGUACGUGAAGAACUUUUUGGCGGAACCUCGUCGGAGCCCACUGUUGCGUUCUCGUGGUCUCUUCGGAGGAAGGAGAUGCGGGCGCCGGAUCGCGACAGCAGCCCUUGGCCGCCGUCGUUGCCGGAAUCAAGCACCUCGUGGUGGCAAUCAACAAAACGGACAGCUGCGCUGAUCAGUGGAACUCGAGCAGCGCACGCAUGGACGAACUCCCGAGCAAGCUGCUGA